UGCCAGAGGACCGUGUGGGAGCGGUGGCACAGGGAUGGAUGCGGAGCUGCAGCUGUGGGAGGAGCAGAGCUCCCUGUGGGGCAGGGAGCAGGGGAACCCUCCUGAGCUCCCCCCCGACCUUCCCCCUGGUCGGGGGCGCCCCGCCAUCAUCUCCGAACCCCUUUCCAGUGAGGCCACCCUGGGCGCGCCUGAUAGCCUCCUGUCCAGCAGGGACCUGGGCCUGAUCACAGAGGCAGUGGCACGCAGCAACUUCCUUCGGCGCCUGGGCCAGGGCUGCCCUGAGGCACUGGCCCGUGGUGUCACCCUCAUCCAGCACAGCCCUGGUGACACUAUCCUGGCUGAGGGUGAUGAGGGCAACACCAUGUUCAUCGUGGCAGAAGGGCAGGUCAGUGUCACUCAGCGGGGCCAGCAGCUCCGCACUCUGGGCCCAGGGGAUAUAUUUGGGGAACUGGCCAUCCUGUACCACUGCCGGCGCACUGCCACCGUGCGGGCACUCAGCCCCGUGCGCCUCUGGGCCAUCAGCCAGCAGCAGUACCGAGCCAUCGCUACCUGCCUGGCCCAGCAGCGCCGGGAUGACAUCCUGGGGACCCUGCGGAUGGUGCCCUGGCUGCGGGAUCUCCCUGCCCCCCAGCUGGCCAAGCUGCAGGACGCCAUGGAGGAGUGCACCUUCCCCCCCGGCCACGUCAUCAUCCACGAAGGAGACUUGGGGGAAAACUUCUACAUCAUCCUGAAGGGAGAGGUGCGGGUGACCCAGCAGGUAGAGGGGAGGGAACAGCUGCUCCGUGUCCUGGGUGCCGGGGAGUACUUCGGGGAGAUCUCGCUGCUGCGGAACACUCCCCGGACGGCAUCGUGCCAGGCGGAGGGACGUGUCAUCUGCCUCACUGUGGCCAAGGAAGACUUUCUGGAGAUCAGCCCCUUCUGUCCCCAGUGCCCGGAGCCAAACACUGAGACAGAGGACGUGGCACCGGGGGACCCCGGGAGGGGCUGGGGGUCUCCGGUGCUGCAGCAGCUCCCGAAGCCGGUGCGGGUGCGGCUGGAGGAGCUGGUGCCGGUGCGGUACGACGAGGGGCCGCGGCGGGGCCAGUCCGUGGUCUUGGGCACUGGUGGCUUCGGCAGGGUCGAGCUGGUGCGGUACCAGGAUCAGCUCUUUGCACUGAAGCGGAUCCCGAAGGAUCGGGUGGUCCGGGCGCAGCAGCAGGAGCACGUGCGGAGCGAGCGAAGGGUUCUGGAGGGCAGCCACAGCCCCUUCGUGGUGGGGUUCUUUGGCACGUUCCGGGACCGGCAGCACGUUUACCUGCUGCUGGAAUUCUGUCAGGGAGGAGAGCUCUGGAGCAAACUGCGGGAGAGGCGCUGUUUCCCAGAGUCCAUUGCCGUGUUCUGCUGCGCCUGUGUGGUCGAGGCCCUGGAGCACCUCCACAGCCGCCGCAUCGUCUACCGUGAUCUGAAGCCUGAGAACCUCUUGCUGGACCAGCGCGGCUACAUCAAGCUGGUUGACUUUGGCUUCGCCAAGGAGCUGGGGCAGGGGGAGAAAACCUUCUCCUUCUGUGGGACCCCCGAGUAUCUGGCGCCCGAGAUGCUGCGCCAGGAGGGCCGUGACUUUGCUGUUGACUUCUGGAUGCUGGGCAUUCUGGCCUUCGAGCUGCUGGUGGGCAGACCUCCCUUCCACAGUGCAGACCCCCGCCAGAUCUACAGCCGCAUCCUGGACGGCAUCUUCUCCUUCCCUGCCUUCCUGGGCGAGGCCGCCUGCUCCCUCAUCGCCAAGCUCUGCAGGCGCCGGCCAGGACAGCGCCUGGGGAACACGGCCAGCGGCAUCCAUGGCAUCAAGAAACACAGGUGGUUCAGGGGCCUGAAGUGGAGGAAGCUCUUGCUGCAGCAGCUGGAGCCUCCCACCCUGUCACUGAUCAAGGAGGGACCCCCCUAUGUCAAUUUCAAGUGUCUCUCAGUCGACUGGACACCAGCAGAGGAUGAGUUCUCAGGCUGGGAUGAGGAUUUCUGAUGACAGUGGGACACCCCUGGCUCAUGGUAGGACCCCUGGGACCACUGUGGAAUCCCCCAGGGUCACAGCAGGACCCCUACGAUCAUGGUGGGACCCCCAGGAACACGGCAGGACCCCCAGGACCAUGGUGGGACCUCCAGAACUACAACAGGACUCUGGGAUCAUUGUGGGACCCCUGGGAACAUGGUGGGAACUUGGGACCACGGCAGGACACCUGAGAACACAGUAGGACCCCGGCAUCACAGUGGGACCCUGGACCAGCUGCACCCCCUCCCUGCAACCCCCAGGGGUGUCCUACCCAGGGCAAUAAACCGCGGGG